UUAGCGCCGCCAGUCUCAAGCAGGUGUCCAACAUGGCGAUCACGGGGAGCGGAUCUCUCGCUGUUUCUCUCUCUGUUUUCGUGAUUUCAGCGGCGUUUCUUCCGAAAGGAGCUGCUGAAACCGUGACAGUCGAAGGUCAGAACCUGGCAACUGACAACGUGUCGGUGAUCGAGGGGGAAAUGGCAACCAUCAGCUGCAGAGUGAAGAACAACGACGACUCCGUCAUCCAGCUGCUCAACCCCAACAGACAGACCAUCUACUUUAAAGAUGUUCGACCUCUGAAGGACAGCCGGUUCCAGCUGGUGAAUUUCUCUGACAACGAACUGCGGGUGUCUCUGUCCAAUGUGUCACUCUCCGAUGAGGGACGCUAUGUGUGCCAGCUCUACACAGAUCCUCCUCAGGAAGCCUACGCAGACAUCACUGUCCUGGUCCCGCCAGGCAGCCCAAUCAUCGAGAGCCGCGAGGACGUGGUCAGCGAGGGGAACGAGACGGAGCUCACCUGCACAGCCAUGGGCAGCAAGCCAGCUGCCUCCAUCAGAUGGAUGAAAGGGGAGGAGGAACUGACAGGUGAUAUGGCAGUUGAGGAGACAUAUGACAGGAUGUUUACUGUCACCAGCCGGGUAAAAUUUUCUGUCACCAAAGAGGACGAUGGAGUGCCAGUGGACUGCAUCAUUGACCACCCAGCUGUAAAGGACCUCCUGGCUCAAAGACACUUGGAAGUGCUGUAUAAACCAGAGGUGAAGAUUGUGGUGACAUAUCCUGAAGGUUUAACCAGAGAGGGUGACAACCUAGAUUUGACCUGUAUCGCAGAAGGAAAACCACAUCCCCAUCAGAUCAACUGGCUGAGAGUAGACGAGGAUGUGCCGCCUCACGCUGUGGUGACCGGCUCUGAUCUCUACAUCGAGAACCUCAACAAGUCCUACAAUGGCACCUAUCGCUGUGUGGCGUCCAAUGCUGUGGGAGAGGCCUACGACGACUAUAUCCUCUAUGUAUAUGAUGCUCCCACUACUAUCCCCACACCCACCACCAACCCAGUCAACACGCAAGACUCCAGAGCCGGUGAGGGGGCACCACAGAAAAUUGACCAUGCUGUCAUCGGAGGAGUGGUUGCCGUGGUGAUGUUUGCCAUCCUCUGUGCACUCAUUGUUCUUGGUCGAUACUUUGCCAGACACAAAGGAACUUACUUCACACAUGAAGCCAAAGGGGCUGACGAUGCAGCUGAUGCAGACACGGCCAUCAUCAAUGCGGAGGGAGGACACAACAACACAGAUGAGAAGAAGGAGUAUUAUAUCUAAACUGGACAGGCCAGGAGAGACGGGUGGGAAAGCUGCUGAUGGUGGUGGUGCUGUAGCUGUAGGAGCAUUAUGUCUAACUCUGAUUGGUUACGAGACGGCUUGAGGGCAGGGAGGGCGAGAUUUAAAGAGGAAGAGAAGAAAGAAAUGAGGAAAAAAAUGGUAUGUAGGACUGCCGUGGCCUAGUGGUAAUAAGAGGCGUUGCUGAGUCUCCUAUCCGACCCUUCCUGGACUGCUGGGGCCUAUUCUGUACAGUUCAAUUAUUUUACAGACAAUUUUGUGCCUUGUUCUAUUUCUUUUGUUUAUUUUGUUGUCUAUGUGUGCUGCAGCUAGCUUUUAGCUCAUGUACCCAGAUCUGAGGAGCCAGCUCAUCCUCACUUUUUUUUUUUUUUUUUUUUGAGUAAUCUCCAGAGUUCAGUAACUGGAAUACAGCGUCAACACAUUUCUCCUCAGUGGGUCAAACUCCAACAGUCCCUGCUAAUACAUCACCCCCUCAUAAUACAUGCAGGUCUGAUUGGUUUUCACAUAUUUCAGCUCAGAUUUCCCACCACCCCUUCGAGGUCACUGUGUUGAUUACUAACGUAACAGUUGUGAAUAAUCUUGCUCACGAUAGAAUGUAUUUGUUCCUGAAAGUGAAGUAGGAGUGCUGUUAAGUAUAAUUUCGCACCAAACUGCAAAGUACAACUGGUCCCUCGUUGGCUUCAAGAAAACAUCUGACAAUUAGAUGUGAGGUCAGUUUAGCGUUUGUUUAGGGUAUUGUGGAGUACAGUCUAAGACAUCCUAACAGCUGUAAUGUGCCAUGAUAUGGAGUUAAAAUUUCUAUAGAGAAAAGCUGAACCUUUCAUUCAUUUUAAAGCUCUAUAUCUGGAUUUUCUGCUGAUUCAGAGGACAACAGUUAAUUAACAAUAGCAGAUAAUAUUUACUGUCAUCUGCUUUCUUUCCUUUUUUGACAUUAGCUGAACAACUGGUUCUGAAAAAAAACUUUUUUGGGAAAAUGCUGAUUCACUGUCUUGCUGAGAGUUAGAUGAGAAUAUUGAUGCCACUCUCACGUUUGUGCGAUAAAUAUGAUGCUGCAGCUAGCUUAGCGUGAUGACUGGAAACACAGGGAACAGCUAGCCUGGCUUUGUCCAAUGGUAAAAAAAAAAAUACAAUUACCAACAACCCUCCAUAAAACUACAAUGUGUAGUUUUUACACUUGGGUUUUUGUACAAGUUAAACAAAUGGGAUAAUGUUAAUUAGUCAGCUUUAGAGGCGCUAGAUGGAUUUGUUACGUUUGGACAGAUUCAGACUAGCUGUUUCCAGCCUUUGUGCUAAGCUAACCAUACCAUCUGCUGGCUGUAGCUUCAUAUUUACCGUACAAACAUGAGAAUGGUAUCAAUCGACUCAUCCAACUCUUGUCAAGAAUGUAAACAAGUGUAUUUCCAAAAAUGUCAAACUAUUUCUUCAAAAACAUCGCCUGAGUCUAGAUUUAUGUUUAGUUUUAAUGACUAUUUUGAUCAGAAUAUUUUCUUUUUUUGGGAUAGUUGGACCAAAAAACAUGGCAGAAAACGUUGCUCUAAUAAUUAGAGCUAAAAGUAUUUCCUCUCUGUUGGCAGACAUUAUGUUGACUGCAGGGUCAGAGUAUAUAUACUCUCUAGUUCCUAAAAGUGACCCGUGCUGCUGUAUUGAUCAUAAAUCUUAUUAAAAAGUGCUAUUUGUUAGAUAUCGGUACAGACUGCUGUGCGUGCUUUUGGUUUGAAGACGAAAUUUUUCACAUUUUCAUACCACCCACAUGGUCGACCUUAGACCAAAUAUAAUCAUUAUGCUUGUGUGCAUAUAUAGAGUGAAAAUUACUUGCAGCAAUGGCUGAAAGUCCACUUUGCAGAGUGUUCCUCUGUAAAUAAUUGAUUUUUACCUGAUAAUACAGCAUAUUGAGCAUUUAACUGGAAAUGUUACAAGGACUUUGGUUUAUUUUAUUUUUCAAGGUUUUAUCUUUUUAUUUGCUUGUAUUGUGUUGAAGGGAGGAAGGAAUGUCACACAUUCAAUGGCGGUUUCCUUUCAGUGAUGUAUAAAGUAUCAAGCAAGUAAAAAAAAAAAAAAUUCACUGCUUAUUUUCUGGCUUAGAAAUCCUUGCUAUACAGACUUUUUGCCCUUGCCCACACCCAAGUAAAAAGACAUUCAAUCACUGGUAACAUGAAUCAGUUAUAUUUUUUUGCUGUCUGUAAAGACAUUUUACCUUUGGGCUGCAAAUCUUUGAUAACUUGUAAGGCCGAGAGCCGUUACAAGUUAUCAAAGAUUUGCGUAGCGCUUGUGACUUGGUUUGGGAAAGAUCAUUUUCUUACUGUCAUCCAGCAGCCUCAAACCUUCACAGAGGAGCCGUCUACUGUUACAAAUUUCUUUCUUUUUUUUUUUCUUUUUUUCACAAAAUCAAUUCAGAAGAUCCGAUGCUCGCAGACAGAGAUGCAGUGUGCAUACCUUGCACGCUCCAUCCCUCUAAAACCUGUUUGGUAAUUAGUGAGAGAUUUGAAUUGUAUUGCCUGAAUUAUGAAAAAAGAAAAUCUGUAAAUGUAUUGAAAAAAGGAUAACCACUGCCUUAAACCCACCUCUUGAUACUUAUCAUUAUAAAGGAAAAGACUGAAGGACUUAAUUUAGUGCCUUCUUUGAUUUUGAGGCAUAUGGUUAGUAUCGUAAAGUAUCCUCAUGUACACACUUACAGUAUAUCUUGUAUAUUUCUGUUCUUUCUAACUUACAGGGCCAGUACUCAUCCACAUUGUCUAUGUUCAAGCACCAUAGACCUCCAUCAAAAAUACGACAUGGAACAUAAAAUAAAAAGCUGGAAUGAGUUUGAUGUUUAAAAAAAAAAGAAAAAAAAAAAGUAUUUCUUUGUUUACCAGGGUGGUGUGGCAGCUUCCACUGACUCGAAUGUCGUAUGCCAGGAUGUAGUAUAUUGUCUUGAUUAGUGAUCGCAAAACAAUUUCAAUUUGAUCCUAAUUGUUUUCUCUGCUUCACUUCAUUUGUUAUUUAUUUGGAUAUCUUCAAGGACAAGGCUCACUAGUAUUAUCAGAGAGGAAUACAGUACUAAACGCUAUAUGAAGCUAAUACAAAAGUACAUUUUUGUGGAUUUUAGAGUUUUGGUGUCAUGGAAACAGUUAUGUGCAUGACAAAUUUUAUUUUUGGGUUUGAUAUUUAUCUUAAAUGGUUAUGAAGUGACUGCUGCUUUUAAUCGAGGAACAUUAAAAGAUUGUCAGAAGCAUCAUUCUAAUCCAAUUUUUGAUUUUUUUUUUUUUUUUUUUAAUACUUGAUAUUUAGUAUGUUUGUUUUCACUCUCUCAGGUUCAUGAGUGUUAAUAGUUGUGUUUUUUGCAUCUCAGGUAGAAUGCAAAUUUAAGGCCCCAAGUAUAUACUGUAGUACCACAGCUAUUCGAAAAGUGAAGAAAUCACAAGAUGUACAUGUUUUUCUCAGUUGUACAUGUUUAUGUGUUCUUAAUAUGGUGCACUGUUACAGUAAACGUUAAAUAUUAUUUUGCAUAGACCUAGUUCACAAAGAAAGAAAACUAGAUUUGUUAAGCAAAUGAAAAUUAUGUACAGUCAGUGUCAACAAAAUCACGAUGAUGUUCAUAAACUUCUUCCUCUUCCACUGUAACACUUUGCUCAUACAGUAUUGGUUAUUUAGUAAUUAUAGGAUGUGACCACAACCAGACAAGCAUCUGUUUGCAUUCAUUCAAUUCAAGCAUAAAGUUUCAUAGAUGAAAAGAUGGCGUAUUUACUGUGACAUGAAGUUUUAUGAAUGAUGUAACAUGUCUUGGAUAUUUGGAUGAAACUCGUGUUUCAGCCUGGGGGGGGGGGGGGGGACUGGUUGUUUUAUUACCCCCCAGAUGGUUGUUUUUGUUGUUGAAUCUGAAAUUUCUCUCUGUACCCAGGCGACAUUUUUCUUUUGUGUAGUGAAGAGGAUGUUUCUCAUAUGACCAUGCAUAUUUUGUAUUGGUUAACACCAACAUUUUUACAAAAGAAAAAAAAAAUCAGAAGAGUACUUGUCUUAAUAAAAAGAUAUCAAUGUUUAAA